GAAAACACCAACCUCUUCAUCGGAAUAUAUUAUGCGCAGGGGAGAGUAGGGUAGCCGGCCCAGCCAAAGCUCUCUUCUUCUUCGCCGAGGAAUCCGAGAGGACCGUUGAAGACUAGAACAAUGACAAUACAUCAAAGCACAAAAAUUGCACUUUGUGUGGCUUUUCUUGGGUGUCUGUCUUUCUUACUUGGCAUACUUGCAGAAAACAAAAAGCCUGCACAAGGAACUCCAAUCAUAGGAAAGGAUGUUGUUGUCUGCAAGUACCCAAGUGAUCCGGUAAUUGCAUUUGGAUCUCUAGCUAUUGUGUCACUCCUGCUUUCUGCUAUUGUAGGACACGUCGCAGUUUACUUCCCAUACAAAGGCAAGUCUGUUCCAACCUCUAGUUUGUUCCAGAACACUACAUUGUUCGUCUUCUUCAUCAUUGCAGAGGCUGUUACAACUUUGGCUCUGGUGAUGUUGAUGUGGGCAACCAUCACCGAAGGCCUUCAUCGUUCUCGCAACGUUCAUCACGAUCUCGAAUACCUCUGCCCGACAGCGAAGACUGGUCUCUUCGGCGGUGCUGCUUUUCUUGCCCUCGAUGCUGCUCUCUUUUGGCUCAUCUGCCAAAUGUUGACGCUCAAUGCCAGAGCUGAUUACUUUGACGAGGAUGAUCCUAAAGGGGAGUACGGACAGGUUUAUGCAGAUGAGUUAGAGAACACUGAGAACAAGCAUUCAUCAGUCUAGAUGUGAACAAGAAGCAACUUCUAGUCGAGAGACAUUUCUUCUCUCUGCAUUGUUAUUCUCUGUUUCAUGACAGACAUUGUUUGGUUGCCUCUGUUAAUAUGCCAAUGCAUAGUUAUCACUUUAACAUCUCCAA